AUGACACCCAUGAUAUCCCUGACGCCCCUCUCGCCGCUCAGGAUGUCAAAGCAUCAACCAAAGUUGGCAGAUUGGACGCUGGCUGACGCUACUUCUCCUUGGUUCCAUUUCGUCAAGCGCUUUGCUUGGUCUGACACCCCAUUUGGUGCUAUUGAAACAUGGACACUAGAACUGCGACGCUCUACCGCUAAAAUCAUGAAUUCUCCCGAUCCGCGCAUUCUCAUCUUUGGCGAACAAAGGGCCAUCAUGUACAACGAAGCUUUCGCUGCCAUCAUUGGACGGCAUAAUCCAUCAUGCUUGGGCGCCNCCCUUGUUGAUGCACAGGUUGAUGAUAUAUUCAGAAUCUUACAGGAUAUGUCGCUGGCUGCUUACGACAAUGGUAAGGGCGCCCGACUCACUCACCAGGAAUUAUUUCUUGUACGCAGCGGCUCUAUGGAGCAAACUNUUUGGAAUAUCUUCCUCUCGCCACUGCCUGGACUGGAUGGAUAUUGCGACAGUGUUGUUGGCGAAUUUGUUGAUAUCACAAACCUGGUCGUCCAAGAUCAACGUCGAUCACAAGGUUCAGACAUCUUCGAUUCCGUCUCGAAGGUCGAGAGUUUACCCGAGCUGUGGUCAAGAUUCUUGGGCGCUCUUGAGGACGAUACUCCUGAUAUCUCCUAUGCUAUGGUUUACACUGCUCUCGACCAUUCAUCAUUCGUUCGCUCUGAUGACCUACCGACGCCUGAUAUUACUCCUCAUCACGCUACCUUUCAAUCCGUGACAUCAUACUUUGUCAAGCGAUUUCAGCUUGCCGAUNUUUUGAGAUUACCGGAAAAUGUGCUCGAGCCGACCAUUGACCUCUCCAUCGUUGGGGGCUCCGAUGCACCAAGUCUUGCGAAUGCUUUCCGUGAAGCUCGGGAAAGAAAGGAAAUCAUUACACUAUCAGACAGAGCACUUCCCCCUGAGCUAUCAAUGCAAAUUAUCAACUCUGACCCCGUCCGUUCCGCGUCCAUUCUCCCAAUCUCAGAUCUCAACGGCAAGCCGCUGGCUGUUGUUGUUCUCAGACUCGAUCCAAGACGACCAUUUCACGAACCAAUGAGCCGUUUCAUCCACUACAUACAUGAGGCAGUUUGCAAACAGGCUGUCCUAGUCACACUCCCCAAGGAUCAGCAAGAGUUUCAAANNAAAAAAUAUGAGGACACGACCAUAGCUCUCUCACACCAACUCCGGCUCUCGAUACUGAAGGCCAAGAAGAAGGAAGAGAAGUUCCUCCGAAUCGCUCAAAGCGCGCCUUUUGGAAUGUAUCUAUACUCACCAAAAGAGAGAGCGAUUCAGGUCAACGACGCCUACCUCAAGAUGACUGGGACCACGAAAGAGGACUUGAACAAGGAAACAGCACUAGAGCCGCCCUGGCUACAGACCGUAACUGGGGAAUACAUGGAUGUUGCAAUCAAAGAGUGGGAGCAUUCGAUGACUGUGAAGACCCCUUCCGCUAUCGAAUACAAGAUACGCGGUCCAUCUGAAGACCCCAAGCCUCGAUAG